AUGAGUUUCAACUCUGACCGUCACCUCGAGGGUGAAAUGGCGCAGAUUAAUUGCGUGGUCCAGAAGGGGGACUCUCCUCUCCUACUGUCCUGGUUGUACAACGGCCAGCCCCUCACCCCUUCCGACCACACUAAGGUCUUGGAAGUAGGCAGGUCGUCCAUCCUGACCAUCGACCCUGUCAAGGGCCACCACCAGGGCAACUACACCUGCGUGGCGGCCAACCCCGCUGGGGAGAUGGCCGUGCAUGCGCAGCUCUUUGUUAAUGAGCCCCCCGUGGUCUCGCCUAUCGGGUUUAACCUCCCCCAAUACCUCGAGGAUGACAUGGCACAAACCAAUUGCGUGGUCCAGAAGGGGGACCAACCCCUCAUACUUUCUUGGUUGUACAACGGCCAGCGUUUAACCCCCUCCGACCACACCAAGGUCCUGGAAGUAGGCAGGUCGUCCAUUCUGACCAUCGACCCCGUCAAGGGCCACCACCAGGGCAACUAUACCUGCGUGGCAUCCAACCCCGCCGGGGAGAUGGCCGUGCAUGCGCAGCUCUUUGUUAAUGAGCCCCCUGUGGUCUCCCCCAUCGCCUUUAACCUCCCCCAGUACCUGGAAGAUGACAUGGCACAGGGUAACUGCGUGGUCCACAAGGGGGACCACCCCAUUAUGAUAUCAUGGCUGUUUAAUGGUCAGCCCGUGACUAUUAGCGACGAAGUACAAAUCAUGGCCAUGGGUCAAAGGUCGUCCAUCCUGACCAUCGACCCCGUCAAGGGCCACCACCAGGGCAACUAUACUUGCGUGGCCGCCAACCACGCUGGGGCGAUGGCCGUGCAUGAACAGCUCUAUGUUAAUGAACCCCCGGUGGUUUCUCCCAUUGGGUUCAACCUCGAGUAUCUGGAAGGUGACUUGGCACAGACCAACUGCGUUGUCCAGAAAGGGGACAACCCAGUGUUGAUAUCGUGGCUGUUCAACGGCCUCCCCCUCGUCAGCUCUGACCAUGUCGAGAUCGCGGGGAUGGGCAAGAAGACGUCUAUCUUGACCAUCGACCCGGUGAUGGGUGACCAUCGGGGCAACUAUUCUUGCGUGGCCUCCAACCCCGCGGGGCAGAUGGCCGUCCACGCCAUACUCCAUGUUAAUGGUGCUUCUUAA